CGUGCCUCUGCUCACGUGACCGCGCUCCUGUCACUCUGCGGCGGCAGCGGCUUCUUCCUUCCAGCGCCGCCCUGACGUCUCCUUGGUGCGGGAUUCCUUCACCUUCUGGCCCCGCGUCUCCCGCCGCAGCGCAGGCCUCGACGGCGCCGGAAACGGCGGCUUGGCUCUGACGCGGCCCCUGCCGCUCCGGAUCUGGAAAACGUCAGAGAUCAGAAACUUUAGAUGACCAAAAUGGAUAUCCGAGGCGCUGUCGACGCUGCUGUCCCGACCAACAUUAUUGCGGCCAAGGCUGCAGAGGUUCGAGCCAAUAAAGUGAACUGGCAGUCUUACCUUCAAGGGCAGAUGAUUUCUGCUGAAGACUGUGAAUUUAUUCAGAGGUUUGAGAUGAAAAGAACUCCCGAGGAGAAGCAAGAGAUGCUUCAAGCUGAAGGCAGCCAGUGUGCUAAAACAUUUAUAAAUCUGAUGACUCACAUUUCCAAAGAGCAGACGGUGCAGUACAUACUGACUAUGGUUGAUGACAUGCUGCAGGAGAAUCACCAGCGCGUCAGCAUUUUCUUUGAUUAUGCAAAACGCAGCAAGAACACUGCCUGGCCCUACUUUCUGCCAAUGCUGAAUCGCCAGGAUCCCUUUACUGUUCAUAUGGCCGCGAGAAUCAUUGCCAAGUUAGCAGCUUGGGGAAAAGAACUGAUGGAAGGCAGCGACCUCAAUUACUAUUUCAACUGGAUAAAAACUCAGCUGAGCUCACAGAAACUGCGCGGUAGCGGUGUGGCCGUUGAACCAGGAACAGUCUCUUCCAGUGACAGCUCGCAGUACGUGCAGUGUGUUGCCGGAUGUCUGCAGCUGAUGCUCCGGGUCAAUGAGUACCGCUUUGCCUGGGUGGAAGCAGAUGGCGUAAACUGCAUAAUGGGAGUUUUGAGUAACAAGUGCGGCUUUCAACUCCAGUAUCAAAUGAUUUUUUCAAUAUGGCUCCUGGCAUUCAGUCCUCAAAUGUGUGAACACCUGCGGCGCUACAACAUCAUUCCUGUUCUCUCUGACAUCCUUCAAGAGUCUGUCAAAGAGAAAGUAACGAGAAUCAUCCUCGCAGCAUUCCGGAACUUUCUAGAAAAAUCAACCGAGCGAGAAACUCGUCAAGAAUAUGCUCUGGCUAUGAUUCAGUGCAAAGUUCUCAAACAGUUGGAGAACUUGGAACAGCAGAAAUACGACGAUGAAGAUAUCAGCGAAGAUAUCAAAUUUCUUUUGGAAAAGCUUGGUGAGAGUGUCCAGGACCUUAGCUCCUUUGAUGAAUACAGCUCAGAACUUAAGUCUGGAAGGCUGGAGUGGAGUCCUGUGCACAAGUCAGAGAAGUUUUGGAGAGAGAACGCUGUGAGGUUGAAUGAGAAGAAUUACGAACUCUUGAAAAUCUUGACAAAGCUUCUGGAGGUGUCGGACGAUCCCCAGGUCCUAGCUGUCGCUGCUCAUGAUGUUGGAGAGUAUGUGCGCCAUUACCCACGCGGCAAACGGGUUAUUGAGCAGCUCGGCGGGAAGCAGCUGGUAAUGAACCACAUGCAUCAUGAAGACCAGCAGGUCCGCUACAACGCGCUGCUGGCUGUGCAGAAGCUCAUGGUGCACAACUGGGAAUAUCUUGGCAAACAGCUCCAAUCUGAGCAGCCCCAGACUGCUGCUGCCCGAAGCUGAGCUGGCCUCUGCCCCUGCCCCUGUGGUGGACUGCCUGGAGUGGGACCCUCUGCACUUAGGGUCAAGAAUAAAUAAUUUUUCAUUUCACUAGUAAUCUUCUGCUGUUGUGUAGCUGUUCCUAGUGCUGAUUUCCAAAAAUGCCGUGUUUGCUUGUUGAGUUGUGUAAAAGUGCUUCCUAAGGAAAAUAUUACUGUUACAUGUACUGCUUGCAGUUUCUGUAUUUAUUGUUCUCAGGAAAUGAAUAUAAUUAUUAAAAGAGUCUCACUCCAAA